AAGUCCCCAUUCUAAGAUGUCCUUGGAAAAAAUGAAAGACCUCCACCUUGAUGAACAGAACCUGCAGCCAGAAACCAGGGAAGUGAAUGGGAUUCUCAUGUCCAAGAUGAUGAGUGAAAACUGGGACAAAAUCUGGAACUUCCAAGCAAAGCCUGAUGAUCUCCUCAUUGCAACCUAUGCAAAAGCAGGUACCACCUGGACACAGGAAAUUGUGGACAUGAUCCAAAAUGAUGGGGAUGUUCAAAAGUGCCAGCGGGCCAACACCUAUGACCGACACCCUUUCAUUGAGUGGACUUUACCUCCACCCCUCAACUCAGGUCUAGAUCUGGCUAACAAAAUGCCUUCACCUAGAACUCUGAAGACUCAUCUGCCUGUUCAGAUGCUUCCACCUUCCUUCUGGAAAGAAAACUCAAAGAUUAUCUAUGUGGCCAGAAAUGCCAAGGACUGCCUGGUAUCUUACUACUAUUUCUCAAGAAUGAAUAAAAUGCUGCCUGACCCUGGUACCCUGGGAGAAUACAUUGAAACGUUCAAAGCUGGAAAAGUGCUGUGGGGCUCCUGGUAUGACCAUGUAAAGGGCUGGUGGGAUGUGAAAGACCAACACCGUAUUCUCUACCUCUUCUAUGAAGACAUGAAAGAGGACCCUAAAAGGGAAAUUGUGAAGAUAGUAAAAUUCCUGGAAAAGGACAUAUCAGAGGAAGUUCUAGAUAAAAUCAUCUAUCACACAUCCUUUGAUGUAAUGAAGCAGAACCCAAUGGCCAACUACACCACUCUACCCUCCAGUAUCAUGGAUCACUCUAUAUCUCCUUUCAUGAGAAAAGGGAUGCCUGGAGACUGGAAGAACUACUUUACUGUGGCACAAAGUGAGGAUUUUGAUGAAGACUACCGGAAGAAGAUGGCAGGGAGCACUCUUACCUUCCGCACAGAGAUCUGAGAACAGUAGGGUAGAGGGGAGCCCUAGAUUUCCUGACUAUAUGCUUUAGCCAUUUGGGCCUCCAUUCCUAAGCUGUUGCACAGUUCUGUAUGUCCUAUGAUACUAUUUCAUCAGAAUGUAAUUAGACCUUCUACAGAUUGAU